CGUCUUGUGACUUUCGUCUUGUGACUUUCGUCCUGUUUAUCAAGGAAAGAAGUGGAGCAAUGGAUUGGGAAGAUGUUUGGGAUCAGCAUGGAGAAAAUGUACCAUGGCAAAUGCAUGUUCCUCAUCCAUCUUUAGUGAGAAACAUUAAAGUAUUGACCGGAGGUAAAGAAAAACAGCGGAUUCUAGUGCCCCUAUGUGGAAUGUCAAAAGAUCUGAUAUGGUUGGCUGAUCAAGGACAUACAGUCGUAGGAAUAGAGGCAGUCAGAACACCUAUCAAGACAUUCUUCGACAAGAAUCAGUUAGAAUACGAUUUAGAUGCUAUCAACAUAGCCCCGUCUGGCGCCUACAUAUUCAAAGCUAAAACCAAAGAUAUAACGAUCGUAGAAUGUGACUUUUGGUCUUUUCGAAAAGCUGCUGUUGGUGGACAACCUUUUGAUGCUGUUUGGGAUAGAGCAGCUCUUAUAGCAAUGCUGGCAAGAACCCAGGAAAGUGAAAUAUCUAUAGGGAAAAAGUAUUUGCAGGUAUUAAGAGAUAUCCUGACUCCUUGUGGUCGCAUACUGAUUGAAACCAUGCUGUAUGAUCCAGAAGAAAGGAAAGACAGUUUUGGACCAGCCUUAUGCACAAACCAAACACUGAAAGAAAUAUGUKAUGAAGACUGGGAUAUGGAAAAAGUGGAGUCAAUCGCACUAAAACCUGGUGAACGCUUUCAGAAUUUUGCYUUUCCUUACAAUGUUGAAGUUGUUAUACAUCUUUUGAAGCCCAAGCAAACAUAAGAUAUAUCAUUAUCUACAGACCAAACAACAUAACCAUUAAACACUACAAGACUAUUUUUUCUAGAAAUUUGUGUCUUACUUGWAGCCACUAGGGCAAGAGAUCUUACUAAUAAACAGCCUUGAAAAUAAC